AUGAGUGCUGUUGUUGACGAUAUGAAGCUGGAAGACAUCAGACUGGAAGACAUUCCGGUCGACGAUAUUGAUUUUUCAGACCUUGAAAGCCAAUAUGAGGUGCAUAAAGACAUUGAGUUUGAUCAAUACAUCAUCGUAUGUGGGGCCCCAGUAAUUCCUGAAUCAAAGAUGCCAGUAUUAAGGAAAGCUUUGACAGGGUUAUUUUCCAAAGCUGGCAAAGUCGUUGAUAUGAGUUUUCCAAUCGACGAGCAAACUAAGAAGACUAAAGGCUUCCUGUUCGUUGAAUGCGGCUCACCUGCAGAUGGUAAUAGAAUCAUAAAAGCAUUUCAUACCAAAAGAUUGGAUGUGAAGCAUCGUUUGUAUAUAUAUACCAUGAAGGACGUGGAGAAGUACAAUUCUGACUCUUUCAACACGGAGUUUGUUGAGCCUGAUAUGCCAGAAUUUGUUCCAUCGAGCUCUUUAAAGAGUUGGUUACAGGAUGAAAGUGGUAGAGACCAGUUUGUAUUGCAAAAAGACGAUUUGACGAGCGUAUUCUGGAACAGCAACUCUUCUGAGGAAUAUGAGGUUGUUGAAUCUAGAGAUAACUGGUCUAACCACUAUGUCAGAUUUUCUCCAAAGGGUACAUUUCUUUUCUCAUAUCACGAUCAAGGUGUCGUUGCAUGGGGUGGCCCCCAUUUUGAUCGUUUGAGAAGAUUUUAUCAUCCAAACGUCAGAACCUCGUCAGUCUCACCAAAUGAGAAGUAUCUUGUUACAUUUUCUGCUGACCCACUGGUUUGCGACGAAGAUAAUAGCAGAUGUCCAUUCACGAAGAAAAAUGAAGGUCAUCAAAUCUGUAUAUGGGAAAUUCAAUCUGGAUUACUAAUGACAACUUUCCCUGUUGUUCAAAGUCCAUUUCUACAUUGGCCAUUGAUCAGAUGGUCUUUCAAUGAUCAAUACUGUGCUCGUAUGGUUGGUGAUACUUUGGUUGUUCACGAUGCUUCAAAAGGUUUUGCUCCAAUGGAAAACAAGGUUUUGAAAGUUUCCGGUAUCAGAGAUUUUUCAUUUGCUCCAACAGGUGUUGAAUUACAGCCAUUUAGACAAGGUGAUGAGCCAUCUGUUCUGAUUGCUUAUUGGACUCCAGAAACCAAUAAUAUGUCAUGCAAAGGUACUGUUGUUGAAGUUCGUCGUGGUAGAGUAUUGAAGACCGUCAACUUAGUUCAAGUUUCAAACGUGUCUUUACACUGGCAAGAUGAAUCCAAAUUUUUAUGUUUCAACGUUGAGCGUCACACUAAAUCUGGUAAAACCAUUUUCAGCAAUCUCGAAAUCUGUAAAUUAACUGAGAAAGAUAUUCCUGUUGAAAAGAUUGAAUUGAAAGAUUGCGUUAUUGCAUUUGAAUGGGAACCUCAUGGCUCAAGGUUUGUUACUAUUGCUGACCACGAGACAGGUGAUGAUAAUCCAUCAAUUCCAAGGCACGUUGUUAAUUUCUACGUUCCGGAGUUUAAAGAAAAGGAUAAAGGUUCAAAAUCUGAAAUUAAAAAAUGGAUGCUGGUUACAAGCGUUCCAAAUAAAUUUUCCAAUACUAUAUCAUGGUCUCCAGCAGGUAGAUUUGUUGUUGUAGCAACAUUGGUUAAACCAAAUUUCCGUAAAUCUGAUUUCUGCUUUUACGAUUUAGAUUUUGCUGGAGAGAAGAACCUGAACGAGAAUAAAGAAGCUUUCUCCGCAUCUUUGAAAGAUGUGGCUAAACCAACCUUUAUGUCAGCAACAGAUAUGGCAUGGGAUCCAUCUGGAAGAUUUUUGAGUGUUUGGUCAAGUGCUUUGAAACACAAGAUGGAAAACGGCUUCAAAAUUUACAACAUUGCUGGUACGGUUACAAAAGAAGAUACUAUUGCAAACUUUAAGAACUUCGCAUGGAGACCAAGACCUGCAUCUCUACUAACUAAUGCUGAAAGAAAAAGGGUUAGAAAGAAUUUGAGAGAGUGGUCUGCCCAAUUUGAAGAACAGGAUGCUAUGGAAGCUGACAGUGCAAUGAGAGACUUAAUUUUGAGACAACGUGAAUUGCUCAAAGAAUGGCAAGAAUACAGAGCUCACACGUCUUCUGAGUUGAAGGCUGAAUUUGGUUAUGAGGCCUUCAACAUCACUCCAUCUGACGAAAACUCCGAUGAUUUCAUCGCUGUAGAGGAGAUAAAAGAAGAGAUCUUGGAAGAAAAAGAAGAAAAAGUUGAAGAGUAG